UCAAAUGUUAAAAUGCCUGAAAGAGUUACUGGAAUUCCCAACUAUUUGCUCAAAGAGGGGAAAAAACAACAACAACAACAAAAAAAAGACAGUACUCAGGGCAAUGUUGCAGAUCUCUGAAUACUUAACUAAAAUUAGUUAUGAAAAAGAUGCUUAUAGCUUAAUAUGUGAAAUAUCUGGAAUGAAAAAGUAGAAAAACGGUUUAUUCUCUUGGUUACACAGACUAAGAUUAACUGAACAUAAGACUAGUGGACAUCCCACAGAGAUGGUCUGCAGAGGGAAAUACAGCUCUGCUACCCCAGCUGGCUGAGCCCUCUUCUGAACAAAGGAGAAUAGAAAGGGCCGUGUGUGCACGUGCACGUGUGUGGGCACUGAGGAGGUUUGUUUGGUUGUCUAAGACCUUUAUGCAUUGUCAGCCUGCAGACAGCUGACCUUGGGCAGCCCCAUCUCAGCAGCAGCAGGCAGGCUGUCCUGUUCCAUGCAGGGCAGGGGGGCACGUAGCUGUCUUGAGGGACCUGCACUGAUGGCUCCUGGGUACUGCAGUGUUGGUUCCACCAGGCAGAUACACGGUGAGCUGUCCUUUUGGCAGGUGACUACAAAACCGGGUUUUACAGGUCAAAAUAUAUUUUGAACUUCGCCCCAUUUUUUUUUCAUUUUGCAGCUGUCUGCGGAUGCAUAAGUUUGCAGAGUGCUUCCUCGUACUGGUAUUUGCACUGAUUUGAAAGGGGAACUGUUACCUUGAUACAAAGGAAGGCAGAUCCCAGGCCUGAGCAGCACCUACGUGCUCUGCCAGGCCUGUGUUCAUGGCCUGCUUACCUGCACUGCAACAGAUCACCAUUUAAUGAGGAGCUUCUUUGCAUGGAGGCAUACGUGUGCAUGAAAGAAGAAUGCAGCCAUUUUGACUUUCGAAUCAGGGAGGAGAAAGGAUGUAAUGGUUUUUGAGGUAGAGGCAGACGUUCAGUUGCAAGCUUUUUUCCUACAACUUCCUAUUUUGAUUUGCAUAAGAGCCAGGGGGGUGUGGGGAGGGUGUAUUUAUGGUUUAAUGAGACACUGUUGCCUUAGUAGAACAUUAUUCACAGGAAGAAAUGAGUUAUUGCAGGCUUUCUUCUUUCUGUUCAGUUUCUGUGGAUACAGCGUGUAAGUUUUAGCCAUACUUCCCCAUCGAGUGGUAUCAGUAGCUUUCAUUUGUUGCACUGAAGCUGCUGAAGCACAGAGGUUACAGGGGCGCAGUUUUUUAAGAGCAAUUUGUUUGCUGCUUGAAUUCCUACUGAUACAAUGAGCUUUCGAGGACGGGUUUUCAGAAGGGAGCCCAGUGAGCUGCGGAAGAAGAGAAAGACCAUUAGGCGAGUGAAUCGAGGAGAAAUGCAAAGGCUGAGCUGUCAGGAAAAACCAAAACUCUUGGAGCCUUUGGAUUACGAAGCUGUUAUCACAGAGAUUGAGAAAAAUAUUGGAGAUAGCCUGUUUAAAGAUCUGAUAUUGUUCCCUGAGGAUGACUUUUCAAUAGAUACAAUUUCACUGGAAAUCAGGACGCUCUAUCCUUCUGUACCUGAAGAUGCAGAACAAAAAGCAGAAAAUCUAUUUGUUAAAGAGGCUUGUAAAUAUUACAGUUCUCAGUGGCAUGUUGUGAACUACAAAUAUGAACAGUAUUCAGAAGACUUUCGACAUUUACCACAAAAUGACUGUAGACCAGAGAAAUUGCCAUCACAUUCCUUUGAAAUCGAUCACGAAGAUGUGGAUAAGGAUGAAGAUACAACGUCCCACUCAUCUUCAAAAGGCGGUGGUGGUGGAGGAGGAGGAUUAGCAGCAGGAGUUUUCAAGUCUGGAUGGCUUUAUAAAGGGAAUUUCAACAGCACUGUAAACAAUAGCAUCACUGUUCGGUCAUUCAAAAAGCGCUACUUCCAGCUGACACAGCUGUCAGAUAACUCAUAUAUUAUGAACUUUUACAAAGAUGAAAAAAUAUCUAAGGAGCCAAAGGGAUGUAUCUUCUUGGAUUCCUGUACAGGAGUCGUACAGAAUAACAGGCUUAGGAAACAUGCCUUUGAGCUGAAAAUGAAUGACCUCACAUACUUUGUGCUGGCAGCCGAAAAUGAACAGGAUAUGGAUGACUGGAUUUUCACUCUCAACAAAAUCCUGCAAAUAAAUCCAGAGGGGACCAUUCAGGAAAGGAAAAGUGGAGACCUCACUGAUCUGAAAUUUGACCCUGCAGAAGCUUCAGUGAACUAUGAUUGCUCUCAAGAAGAGGCUGAUUCUUCAGAGAACACCUUGCAUCCAGACUUUGCAAAAUACAUCACAGAAACAGAAGAAACGGUGAAAGCUUCUCGAAAUACAGAGCGACUAAAUCUUUUCUCUUUGGAUCCUGAUAUAGCAUCAGUGAAUCCUCAGAAAAAGGAGUUUCCAGGGACAAACUCAGUGAUCAAGCCAUUUGAAGAAAAACCUGCUAAGCGGAUCCUGAUAACUUGCAAAUCCCUCAGUUUGAAUCUCCAGGCCUGCGUUACUGAAAAUGAAAACGAUCCUUCAACUAAUGUGGAGCCUUUCUUUGUGAGCGUGGCACUGUAUGAUGUCAGGGAUGGCAGAAAGAUAUCUGCUGAUUUUCAUGUGGAUUUGAACCAUGCUCUCGUCAGACAGAUGAUUUCAGGUUCUUCAUUUUCAUUAGAAAAUGGCACUGUUGAAAAUAUAGACUCGAAUGAAGUGGAAGAACCACAGGUCAGGGGGUUCCCAGAAGAAUGGCUGAAGUACCCAAAGCAGGCUCUUUUCUCCAUAAGUAAUCCUCAUUCUGAGAUCGUAUUGGUAGCAAAAAUAGAGAAGGUGCUCACAGGAAACAUUGCCAGCAGUGCUGAACCUUACAUUAAGAAUCCCGAUUCUUACAAGUGUGCACAGAAAGUGUUAAAAUCCAAUAAACAAUUCUGUAGCAAGCUGGGAAAAUACCGUAUGCCAUUUGCUUGGUCAGUGAGACCAGUGUUCAAAGAUAAUCAGGGAAAUGUUGACAGAGACUCACGGUUCUCACCUUUAUUCAGACAAGAAAGUAAUAAGAUUUCCAUGGAAGAUUUGAUUAAGCUAAUAGCCGAAUACAGAAGAGCAGAGAAGAUUAGCAAAAUACAGACCAUACCUGGCAGUUUGGAGAUUGCAGUUGAUUGUGUUCCUUUGGAGCAUCCAAAUUGUGUAACUUCAUCUUUCAUCCCAAUCAAGCCAUUUAAUGACAUAAAGGAACAUCAGCCUACAGUGGAAGUUGAGGAGUUUGUACAGGAAUCAACAAAGUAUUCUCGACCUUACAGAGUUUACAAGAACCAAAUAUAUAUCUAUCCAAAACACCUCAAGUAUGAUAGCCAAAAACAUUUCAAUAAGGCACGGAAUAUAACAGUAUGCAUUGAAUUUAAAAGCUCUGAUGAAGAAGGAGCAAAGCCACUGAAGCGCAUUUAUGGGAAACCAGGUGGACCAUUAUUUACAACAGCAGCCUACACCGCUGUGCUACAUCAUUCCCAGAAUCCAGAUUUCUAUGAUGAGGUGAAAAUUGAACUUCCCACUCAACUCCAUAAGAAACACCACAUUCUGUUUUCAUUUUAUCAUGUCACGUGUGACAUAAAUGCAAAAGCUAAUGCCAAAAAGAAAGAGGCUCUGGAAACACCAGUGGGAUAUGCAUGGCUUCCUUUGUUGAAAGAUGCUCAGCUUGCUUCCCAAGAACACAGCGUGCCAGUAGCAAGCAGUUUGCCUCCCAAUUACUUAAGCCUUCAAGAACCUACUAGUGGAAAGCAGAUCGGCUGUGAUGUAAAAUGGGUAGAUAGUGGGAAGCCACUUUUCAAAGUGUCUACUUUUGUUGUAUCAACAGUAAAUACUCAGGAUCCCUACCUGAAUAACUUUUUCCAUCAGUGCCAAGAAAGGGAGAAGGAUUUCUCUCAGCCUCCUACCUCAAACUUUAUAAGUUCUUGUAAGAAUUUGCUGAGGAUAGAGAAGAUCCAUGUAAUUAUGAACUUUCUUCCCAUAGUCCUGAAUCAACUCUUCGGGGUUUUGGUGCAAAACAGUGAUGAUGACGUUACAACAGCUGUGACCAGGGUUCUUACUAAUAUUGUUGCUAAAUGCCAUGAAGAACAGCUAGACAACUGCAUCAAUUCCUAUGUGAUGUAUGUGUUCAGAACCAAAUCAUUUGAGGAAAGGACUAUUCAUGAGGAACUGGCCAAGAAUAUGACUGGUCUUCUGAAGUCAAAUGACCAAGUAACCGUGAAACAGGUUUUAAAGCACUCCUGGUUCUUCUUUGCAGUCAUAUUAAAAUCAAUGGCACAGUACUUGGUUGAUACAAAGAAAACAAAGGUUUCUCGAACUCAGAGGUUUCCAGAGUCAUUUCAAACUGAGCUGGACACACUUGUGAUGGUCAUGGCAGACCAUGUUGUUUGGAAGUACAAAGAAGCUCUUGAAGAAACUAGGAAUGCAAACUACAGCACGGCCAGAUUUCUCAAGCGCUGCUUUACAUUUAUGGAUCGUGGAUUUGUGUUCAAGAUGGUCAACAACUAUAUAAGUAUGUUUGGAACAGGAGAUAGCAAGACUUUACAUCAGUUCAAAUUUGACUUUCUCCAAGAAGUCUGUCACCAUGAACACUUUAUCCCUCUGUGCCUGCCCAUACGAUCUUCAAACAUUCCUGACCCCAUGACACCUUCAGAAUCAACCCAGGAAUAUCGAACGUCAGAUAUUCCAGAGUACACAUUGACCAAUGAAUUUUGCCGUAAACAUUUCUUAAUUGGAGUACUGCUGCGGGAGGUUGGGUUUGCCUUGCAAGAAGACCAGGAUAUUAGGCACUUAGCUUUGGCUGUGCUCAAAAACUUAAUGGCAAAGCAUUCAUUUGAUGAUCGAUACGCAGAGCCGGCAAAACAAGCACAAAUAGCAAACCUGUACAUGCCACUCUAUGGAAUGCUUUUGGACAAUAUGCCAAGGAUUUACAUGAAGGAUAUGUUCCUUUUCAAUAUCAAUACUUCCAAUCAGGGAUCUAGGGAUGAUUUGAGCACAACUGGAGGAUUUCAGAACCAGACAGCGAUGAAACAUGCAAACUCUGUGGACACUUCCUUUUCCAAAGAUGUUCUGAACUCUAUAGCAGCCUUUUCAUCAAUAGCUAUCUCUGCAGCAAACCAUGCUGACUCGAGAGCUUCCUUAGCAAGUCUUGAAUCUAACCCAAGUACCAAUGAAAAAAACAGUGAGAGAACUGACACGUGUGAAAAGAUCAUGAGACCUUUGUCUUUGAUUGGAUCAACUCUUCGUUUUGACAAGCUAGAUCAGGCUGAAACUAGAAGCCUUCUUAUGUGUUUCCUUCACAUUAUGAAAACUAUUUCAGAAGAUGCACUAAUUUCCUACUGGCUGAGAGCACCAUUCUCAGAAAUAACAGACUUCUUCAGCAUUUUGGAGGUGUGUCUUCAAAAUUUCAGAUAUCUAGGAAAGCGCAAUAUUGUAAGGAAAAUUGCUGCUGCUUUUAAAUUUGUUCAGGGCACCCAGAAUAAUGGCACCCUUAAAGGUUCAAACUCCUCUGGCCAGGCAUCAGGUCUGCUCUCACAAUGGAUGCAUUCUACUUCUAGUCACGAUGGCCACAAACACAGAUCUCAGACGCUACCAAUAAUCCGUGGCAAAAAUGCGCUUUCUAACCCCAAACUCUUGCAGAUGAUAGACAGCAGUACUGCAUGUAGCUCAAGUGAAACAGACAUUAUACAGUACGUGGACACAGAGGCAAACAUUGCUACAGAAGUUUCCCUCACAAUUCUUGACCUGCUGUGUCUUUACACUCUAAACCACCAGAGGCAGCUCCAGCAAUCUGAUUGCCAGAAUGCACUGAUGAAGAAGGUCUUUGACACACACAUGCUCUUUUUGCAAAUCAACCAGUCAGCAGCAGCUCUCAAGCAUGUCUUUGCUGCCCUCCGGCUGUUUGUAGGCAAGUUCCCAUCAGCAUUCUUCCAAGGACAAGCAGAUCUCUGUGGCUCACUUUGCUAUGAAAUCCUGAAAUGCUGUAACCACAGGUCACGUUCAACUCAGACGGAGGCGUCUGCUCUACUUUAUUUUUUCAUGAGGAAGAACUUUGAAUUUAAUAAGCAGAAAUCAAUAGUCAGAUCCCAUCUUCAGCUCAUCAAAGCAGUGAGCCAGCUGAUAGCAGAUGCAGGGAUUGGUGGAUCUCGGUUUCAACAUUCACUGGCAAUUAUAAAUAAUUUUGCUAAUGGAGACAAGCAGAUGAAAAACGUUAAUUUCCCAGCAGAGGUGAAGGAUCUGACCAAACGCAUCAGAACAGUUUUGAUGGCCACAGCUCAGAUGAAGGAACAUGAGAAAGACCCUGAGAUGCUUGUGGACCUGCAGUACAGCCUAGCAAAUUCCUAUGCCAGCACACCUGAAUUACGCAGGACCUGGCUUGAAAGCAUGGCCAAGAUUCACGCAAGAAAUGGAGAUUUAUCAGAGGCUGCCAUGUGCUACAUUCACAUCGCUGCUCUCAUUGCGGAGUACCUAAAAAGAAAGGGUUACUGGAAAAUGGAAAAGAUUUGUACCUCACGUAUGCUCCUGGAGGAUGGUCAAGUCUCUGAUAGUAAUGUGUUACUAACAACUCACACUGGAGGAAGCUUAUUUUCCAUGGGAUGGCCUGCUUUUCUGAGCAUUACCCCCAACAUUAAAGAAGAAGGUGCUAUGAAGGAAGACUCUGGGAUGCAAGAUACUCCCUAUAAUGAGAACAUCCUGGUGGAGCAGCUGGAGUUGUGUGUUGAAUACUUGUGGAAGUCUGAAAGAUAUGAACUUAUUGCUGAGGUUAACAAGCCCAUCAUUGCUGUUUUUGAGAAGCAGAGGGACUUUAAAAGGCUGUCUGAUCUGUACUAUGACAUCCACCGCUCAUACCUGAAGGUUGCAGAGGUGGUGAACUCUGAGAAGCGUCUGUUUGGGCGAUACUACCGUGUUGCAUUUUAUGGGCAGGGUUUUUUUGAAGAAGAGGAAGGGAAAGAGUAUAUUUACAAGGAGCCCAAACUAACUGGCUUGUCUGAGAUCUCUCAGAGGCUGCUGAAACUGUACGCAGACAAGUUUGGAAUAGAUAAUGUGAAGAUCAUCCAGGAUUCCAACAAGGUCAAUCCCAAAGACCUGGAUCCAAAGUAUGCCUAUAUCCAGGUCACGUAUGUCACGCCUUUCUUUGAGGAGAAGGAAGCAGAAGAUCGAAAGACUGACUUUGAAAUGCAUCACAACGUCAACCGGUUUGUGUUCGAAACACCUUUCACGCUCUCAGGAAAGAAGCACGGCGGCGUGGAAGAGCAGUGCAAGAGGCGCACCAUCCUGACCACCAGCCACUUGUUUCCAUAUGUGAAGAAGCGUAUUCAAGUCAUAAGCCAAACCAGCACAGAGCUGAACCCCAUUGAAGUAGCGAUUGAUGAGAUGUCCAAAAAGGUGUCGGAGCUCAAUCAGCUUUGCACAAUGGAAGAAGUGGACAUGAUCCGACUGCAGCUUAAGCUUCAAGGAAGCGUCAGUGUCAAGGUAAAUGCUGGACCAAUGGCCUAUGCUCGGGCUUUUCUGGAAGAAACAAAUGCAAAGAGAUAUCCUGAUAAUCAAGUUAAGCUUCUGAAGGAAAUCUUCAGGCAAUUUGCAGAAGCAUGUGGGCAUGCUCUUGAUGUCAACGAACGCCUUAUUAAGGAGGACCAAUUUGAAUAUCAGGGAGAAAUGAAGUCUCACUAUAGAGAUAUGCUCAGCGAGCUCUCUGCAGUUAUGAAUGAACAGAUUGCAUACAAGGAGGAUUCAGCAAAACAGCAAGGAAUGGAGCGCACGUAUUCACGAAUCAUCAAUAGAGCCAGCUCGUCUGCGCCAGCAGCAGCCACCCCAUCCAACCCUGAUGCUUGAUGGAGGCAUGAGUGGGGAACAUGCAGCCAUGGAAGGACCUGGGAUGAUGUUGUUUUGUUUUCGUUUCCUAUCAGAUUAAUAGUACUGAAAAAUAAUUUGAUCACGGACAAUGCCAGGAAAAAAAAAA